GGAGCUGGAGCUGCGCUUCGCGGUGUCGGAGCUCCCUGCCGUGGUGGUGCUGAAGCCCAACGGGGAGGUGCUGGUGGAAAAUGCCGUGGAGGAGAUCCAGAGGUUGGGCCCUGCCUGUUUCCAGAACUGGCAGGAGGCCUCGGAGCUGGUGGACAGGAAUUUCCGCCUCGCCGAGGACUCGGAUAAACAUUCCCGGCGCAGCCUGACCCAUCCCCUGCGGCGACUCAAGUACAAACUCCACGACGACGACGACGACGACCGAGACGGAGAGGAGGAGGAGGAGGGAAAGGAAGAACCUUAG